AUGGAUAUCGAGUGUCGAUUUUGUGGGGCAAUGAUGUGGGCACAUGAAAAAAACAGUCGUUCUUCUUUAAGAAGCUCUAUGUUCUCUAUGUGUUGUAACAAAGGAAAGCAUGUUCUCCCCCAAAUUGAGCCAACACCUACAGGAAUUGCUGAGCUUUUGAACUAUAGAACACGUGAUAGAAAGAAGUUUCUUGAAAAUAUUCAAAGCUAUAAUAGUACAAUGAGCUUUACUUCUUUGGGAGCUAAAAUUGAUACCUCUGUUGGCAACAAUAUCAAUGGGGCAUACAACUUCUGGAUUCACGGAACAAUUUGUCAUAGAAUUGGAUCUAUUUUGCCAGUAACAGAAUCUGAUAUCACUCACACAAAAUUUGCUAAGAUCUAUAUUUAUGAUAGUGCUGCUCAGAUAGAUCAAAGACAGUACCAUUCCUCACAAUUGGAGAGAAGUGUUUUGGAAAAGAUUCAGUCCAUUCUUAUGGAAACAAAUCCAUUCGUACAUCUCUUCAGAACAAUGAAUCAAAUUUCUUGGGAAAAGAGACAAUCUAUAGAUCUCACUUUGCAUUUAGUAGCUGAGGGGCCUCAGGAUCAAAGAUGGUACAAUGCUCCAACUGCAAGUGAAAUAGCAGUUCUUAUUAUGAAUAAUGAAGAGGGUACUUCAAGAGACAUUGUGCUGCACACCAGAGCCAACUUCCAACAGAACAUCAAUGAGUACCACCAAUCUUAUGAUGCUUUACACUAUGUGCUACUCUUUCCACAUGGUGAAGAUGGUUGGACCAUUGAUGCCAGCUCAUUGUCAGAAGAGCAUGUUACACACCUUCUCUAUCUUUUUGGCCAUCUCUUUCAACAAUAUAUUGUUGAUAUGUACACCAAAGUUGAGCACAAUCGGUUGUACUUCAUCACCAGCAAUCAAAAUUGUCUCCAUGUAGAUCUUUAUAGUGGAAUUCAGGAUGCUGUUAUCCAUAACGAUUGUAAUCUUGCAAAUCUUGGAAAGAAAGCUAUUCUUCCAUAUUCUUUUAUUGGUAGCCUCUGGUAUAUGGCUCAACUUUAUCAAGAUUCAAUGAGUAUUGUGCGUCGUUUUGGCAAGCCUGAUUUGUUCAUAACUUUCACUUGCAAUUCAAAGUGGCCAGAAAUCACAAAUUCCCUGUUGGCUGGGCAAAAAGCUAAUGACAGACCAGAUCUUUGUUCUCGGCGUGGACUUUCUCAUGUCCACAUUCUUUUGAUUUUGCAACCACAAGAUAAACCAAAAACAAUAGAAGAUUUUGACAAAAUAGUUUUGGCUGAAAUCCCAGAUCCUGAAACUGAGCCAUUGGCAUAUGAAACAGUAAAACAAUGCAUGAUGCAUGGCCCAUAUGGAAAGAAAUAUCCAAAAGCAUCAUGCAUGAAGAAUGGGAUCUGUUCAAAGAAUUAUCUUAAAAAGCUUUGCAAUGAGACCAGCAAUGGACAUGACCGUGCAAUAGUCUGUGUGCAGCUUAUGCCCACCAAUUCCGCUCCACAACAACAACAAGAGCAUGUAAACAAAGUUAAUGAGUUUCUUGAUGCUCGGUAUGUCUCUGAUUCUGAAGCAUGGUGGAGAAUAUUUUCUUUCAAGCUUCAUCAAGAGUAUCGCAGCCAUCAACGACUUUCAAUCCAUCUGGAAAAUGCCUAA